CUUCUUCCUCGUGUCGCCGAACACCUGAGUCUCCUCUGCGGACGGAGAGAGACGCGGAGCCCGUCACAUGAAUAUCGACGCGUCGAUGAUUGACAGCCAGCUAUCAGCACAGAGGAGGGCGAUGAUGAGGAACGUCCCUGAUGGAGACCAAGGCCAGCAGAAGACCAGCACCUACAUCGUGCCCUGCUUCCUCUUAGUGGAGCUGGUCAUCAUGGCAGGGACCGUUCUAUUGGCGUACUACUUCGAGUACACGGACACAUUCCCCGUGCACGUCCAGGGCUUCUUCUGUUUUGACAAAGCCUACUCCAAGCCGUACCCGGGACCAGAGGACAACAGCAAGGCGCCACCCGUCCUCGUCUACUCCCUCGUCACUGCCAUCCCCACGGUGACGAUCCUGAUCGGGGAAGUGACCAGUUUCUUUGUGAAGACAGAGGGAGCUCAGGAGAAGACCAUAGUGACCGCCGACUGUUGUUAUUUCAACCCUCUCCUCCGCAGGAUCGUACGUUUUCUAGGUGUCUACUCCUUCGGCCUCUUCACCACCACCAUCUUUGCCAACGCUGGUCAAGUGGUGACAGGAAACCAGACGCCUCACUUCCUGUCUGCCUGCAGGCCAAACUACACAGCUCUGGGGUGCCAGUCUCCGCUGCAGUACAUCACGGAGCGCCGAGCCUGCAUGGGAAACCCGUACUUGGUGGCGUCCGCCCGCAAAUCCUUCCCCUCCAAAGACGCAGCUCUCAGCUUUUACUCAGCCAUCUACACAGUGAUGUACGUGACCCUGGUGUUCCGGACCAAAGGCACCCGUCUGACAAAGCCCACCCUCUGCCUGGUGCUGCUGUCUCUGGCCGUGCUGGUGGGGGUGGUAAGGGUGACUGAACACAGAAACCACUGGAACGAUGUCGUGGCCGGGUUUGUUACCGGAGGGGCCAUUGCUGCCUUCCUGGUGUCAUGUGUGAUCAACAAUUUCCAGCCAACCCAGAUAGGAGCGCCGACUCCUCCACCUCCGCAGCGCCCUCUAGAGCCCUCUGUCGGGCUCCCUCUGCUCAGCCUGCCUCGCGUGGAGAGUCCACUCGAAAAGUUAAGUGGCCUCCAGGCUCCAGGGCUACCGUAUUCUGAGAUCACAUGACCAUCAGCCAAUCCCAUCCCCCACCCCUCCCGAUGUGCUCCUCCCCUCGCGGCGUUGCCUCACCAGCGCAGUCUAGACCUGCCCUCCGAAAGUCCCCCACCCUGCCCCGCCCACCCCAAAGGACGACAUGCUCUCCGUCGAAUCAAAUCAACGCAGGUGUGAAAGGCCCACUGAUCGCAGGGAGGAGGUCAGCGCACACAUGCACACGGGGAGCCUGGAGGAAAACAUUGGCAGGACCAAUAUGAGACAGAGACAUGUCCUUCUGUCCAGUUUAUCCUCUGAGAUGGUCUCACAUUUUCUUCUGGGUUUUUGAGACUUGCCAAAGCCAGAGGAGUUGAAGCAAUAUUGUGUCACACUCCCUUGUCCCGUCUUUCCACAGACUCGACAGUAACUUUAAAGACUGUUGGCUGGUGAUGACUUGAUAAAACACUUGAAAUAAACUGAGGGUUUGAGGAUGGAACAAUAUCCCCAUCACUACUGGAUCGCCCUCAAAAGACCAUAUUCUGACACUCAGGACAAUAAAAUGGGAAAAAAGACCUCUCAUCUAAUCAAAAAGCAGGCACCACUGAGUAUUACGUCUUUAAGAACUAACAAGAGACGCUGUGAAAGAGGAAAGCACUUUUGUAAAUUUUAGCACAGUCCGUUCAGUCAUCUGUGUUGUUUCUAUACCUGUUUAGGGAGAAUAUUGGUUUGAUCUCUUGCUGUACAUUGUGUGAAGUGAUAGACGGGAGAAUAACACACACUAGAGCUGUGUUUGUGAUUCACAUAGACUGCACAUAAAGAUGGGCGAUGCGUCUCCACUUCCUCUUACUACCAAGAAAUGAACCCGGAAUAUCCUGGAUGCGAACACCGUAUGGAGGCCCCUCCAAUUCACACGCGUGACCAAUCCUGAGCCCGUCUCAGCUGUCAAUCAUGAUGCUUGACCGGGAAGAUGAGCAGUUGAGAAUACAUCAGUGUGAUAAGAACUACCUAAAAUGAUUUAUGUGAAGUUUACUUUUUAGUUGGGUCAUGUCCUAUCCACUUAUAUAGAGGAGGCAGGAUUCUGCUUCUGUGCAGACAGAUCCCAAACAAAACA